UUGAAAGCACCUGACUGUGACAUGUGGUUGUGUUACCUACCUGAGUUGAAAGCACCUGACUGUGACAUGUGGUUGUGUUACCUACCUGAGUUGAAAGCACCUGACUGUAACAUGUGGCUGUGUUACCUACCUGAGUUGAAAGCACUUGACUGUAAGUUGUUGUGGGUAAGAGUGUCCACUAAAAGGGUCUAAAUGUAAAUGAAUAACAGGGUGCUGUGGGGGAGCUGGUCUGUCCUGGGGCCCUGCAACCGCUUCUUCUUUGCUGGAGACACCGGCUACUGCUCGUCCUUCCAGGAGAUUGGGAGGCGCUUUGGUCCGUUCGACCUGGCGGCCAUACCCAUCGGUGCGUACCUGCCCAGAGAUGUAAUGAAGUCACUGCAUGUGGACCCAGAGGAGGCUGUGGAGAUUCAUAAGGACGUCAAGGCCAAACACUCCCUGGCUAUUCACUGGGGGACCUUCGCAUUAGCUCAUGAGUUUUACUUAGAGCCUCCAGUGAGACUCAGGGAGGCCAUGGAGAAGAAUGGGUUGAAUGCGGAGAACUUCUUUGUCCUGAACCAUGGAGAAUCCAGAGUGAUGGGGGGAGAAAGAGAAGGAGGGGGCGUUUGACUGAUCAGAUGGGCUACAUUGCCAGAAGCUGCAACAUGAAAGAGUUUGGACUUCUGACAAAGAAAUCUAAGCUUGGUGUUAUAGCGUUUGCCUGAUAAAAUGGCACUGAUGUACAUAUUUGCAACUUUAAAAAAAUAAAUAUAUGUUUUUAAUGCCAAGUGAUAUUGAUUGCACUAUUGAAUAAAUGUUUUUAUCAA